GUUCCAGUCAAGUAAGAAACACACAAUGGGCUCAUCAUUAUCAAAUUUUCAUCAAAAACACGCAGCAGACCUACACUUCCUUCUUACAAGAAAUGGACAUACAGUAACCAAAAGCGAAGUGGAAAAUUUGGUCAGAGCUAUUGAUGAUGUAUGUCCAUGGGUCCCUGAAGGGGGAACCCUGAAAUUAGAAGAUUGGACAAAAAUUGGCUGUAAUUUUCAGGGCCAUCCACACGUUACUGCAAAAGUGAUGUUCACCUGGUGUAAGGUUUGUGCAUGUUUAAAAGGCCUUAUGCCAAGCAAUAUUUUGUUUAAUCAGCAACAAGAGGCUGACUGUAAUGCAAUGUCACUCCCUCAGUUGCUUCCUCCAGUGCCAUGCUUACUAUUUGCACCACUACCUCAUUAUGAGCCUCAAAAAGACCCACCACGCAAGUCACCAAACUAUCAGGAGGCCAUGAAUGUAUCGGGAAACCAGCCACCAGAAAUGAAGGCUGAAGCUGUUAGCAAGAAACCUGACUCUAAGAAUGAUGUACCUUUAGAAAACUUGGAGACAUCUUAUAUAUCCAUUGCAUGUGACUUAGUUAAAGAAACAAAGGACUCUGAUGAAUGUGCUUCACCAGCCUUUACAGAUUACUCCAAGAUGAUGAUUCCAGAAUUUGUUCCACAUCCUGUGCCCGAGUAUACCGAACAUACUGAGAAGGCAUCACUGCCCUCUGGAAAUAGUGACACAGUGAGGAGCCAGCCAGAAUUUGGUUCUGGUGAGGAGGAAGAAGCUGUGCAAGAGAAACCACUUGAAGCUACUGCCAAGAUUGCACCAAAAGGAGUUCAGGAAGAGGUAUCUCCUUCCCUUAGCAAGCCCUACUUGGAAUCCUUCCAGCCUCCGUUGGAACCAUCCAAAAACGAACCCACUUCUUGGUUUCUGGAUGCAGAGGCUGCAGAUCUGCCUAAGAAAGAGAAGAUUCCUCAGCUGCAAAUGGAGAAUACUUAUGCAGAUGAUGUCUCUGUUUCUACGGAGCUCAAAAAGGUGGAUAAAAUGGUGGUGUCCAUAGAAUCCUCUCCAGAGACUGAAGACCUCCCCACGGUCCCUUAUCAAGCUGCUAAGGUGGUGGCAGGAGCUACAGAAAAAGUCACAUUAGGGAACAGUAAAGUCAGAGAGCCUGGUGAUAGUGUUGUCAAAGCUGAAGAGAGACAGUCUCCUUACCAAGCUCUUGCCCAGAUAGCAGAUCUGUUCUACAAAGCUUGCACCAGAUGUUGUCAGCUUUCUGGACUUGAUAUUCAAUCUGUGUAUUCUUCCUUUCCACAGGGCGACGUGGUGAGACUUUUGCAAACUUGUUCCACAUUCCAGGUUGCUUUUGCUGAUUUCGUAGGGACUGUUCUCCCUAUCCCACCAAAGGACAAAAGGCUAACAUUUUUCUCUACUGUUUCUUACUCUUUAACCACUUGCUUUUCUCCCCAGCCA